UCCCACGCAGGUAUUUUUCCCACUUCCCUUCCCUCGUCCUCCAUUUGAUUCUUCCGACUCCGCCGCUUCGCCUCGCUUCCUCCGCCGCCACCAUGGCGUCCGCCGCCGCCACGACCACCUCCGCAGCUGCCCAGAACCCCAAUCCCCUUAAUCUCAACAUCAAGCUUCCCCCAUGGCUCAGCGAGCUGCGCUCCCCCUUCACCUUCCUCUCCCCGCCCCCGCCGCCACCGCCUCCUCCUCCCCCGCUGCCACCUCCGGAGCCUGUGGUCCCACGGUCGCGGAGGCUGCCGAGCCUGCGCGUGACCACGGAGUACGAUAGCGAGGAGGGCGUGUUCGUGAACAAGGUGUCGUGCAAGCUCGCGGGGGACCUCGCCAAGCUGCGGCUCUCCUUCCAGAGCGACCCGCAGGGGCAGUGGCAAGGGGACGGGGAGGAAGGGGACCCGCUUCAGCAGCUCUUCGCCGCGCCGUUGGUGGGGCUCAUCACCAAGCACUUCUCCGUGUUCUACGACGUCGAGGCACGCAACGCGCUGCUCCGCGGAGACUGCUCGCUUCCCGGAGGCGCCGUCCAGCUCCGUGCCUCGCACGAUGUCAAGGCACAACAAGGAGAAGUUUCGGUGAUCACUAGUUUGGGUGAUCCGUUAUAUAAACUGGAGUUAUCAUCUUUGGUGCCUUACAGUGGUUUGCCAAGGGCAACGUUCCACUUUCCUAUUGGUCAAGUUUCAGUAGAAGAGAGGAGAAAUGAAGAUGAUGAGAAGGUGCUGUCUGUAUAUGGGAUUGGAAAAUCUGAUUUCUUGGACGGUGUUCUUACUGCUCAGUACGAUGAAAAUGAUCUUAAUCUAAGAUAUUGUUAUAAGGACAAAGAAUUAACUUUAGUUCCAAGUGUCUCAUUGCCUUCUAAUGCAGUAUCCAUAGGCUUCAAAAGGCGUAUUGGUCCUUCUGAUAAGUUGAGCUAUCAUUACAGCUUCGACACUGAUGACUGGAAUGCUGUUUAUAAGCAUACAGUGGGUAAAAAUUUCAAAGUGAAAGCUGGUUAUGAUUCUGAGGUGCGAGUUGGAUGGGCUUCUCUUUGGGUUGGAGAAGAAGGGGGCAAAGCGAAGACUGCGCCAAUGAAAACAAAACUUCAGCUUAUGCUUCAAGUACCCCAGGAUAAUCUCAGAAAUCCUGUCUUCCUCUUCAAUGUGAAGAAACGAUGGGAUCUGUAACCUGAUGUAAGUUAUCCAUUUAUGUGGAGACUCCAAAGGCUUGGGCGAAGUUGCAGUCUGCGUAGGUCAACAACGAACACAAUUCAUGAGCUCUUCCUAUUUAUCAUGUACUUUCAACUAUUGUACAUAGUAUGCAGCUCCAGAAGCAAUCCAAAAUUUAUGUGAAGCCUACUGAAGAUCAGGGUUAACCCAAGUUCGCUGCUUGUGUACUAUCUUUUCAUGUGGGAACAUAGAGGCUUGCCCUUAGGGCGAUUGUACUUAUUCUUUAAUGGCUUAAUGGGUAGAGCUUAGAGUACGGGGCUCCUUUCAGAUUUUAGACUAGGGAUUUGGGAUUUAUGUAAGAGACACCGGGUGAUUAUUGAUUUAUUCAUAUAUCCAACAAAUAUCACAUGAUCGUACAUUAAACAUAA